AUGGACGCCGUCGAGCUCCUGGGCCGCGGCCUCGCGCUCGAGGGCACGACCGUCACGGUCCAGGGCUGGGCCAAGACGCUGCGCGAGGCCGGGGCCGGCGCCUUUGCGUUCCUCGAGCUCAACGACGGCUCGUGCUGCGCCGGCGUCCAGUGCGUGAUCCACAGGGACGAGACAACAGGCUUUGCCGACGCGCUGGCGUCGGGCGGAGUGGGCGCGAGUUUCCGAGUCAAGGGCACUGUCGUCAAGUCGCCGGCCAAGGGACAAGAGGUGGAGCUCAAGGCGCUCGACGUGACAGUGUACGGCGGCAUUCCCGACAGCGCCACGUACCCCAUGAGCAAGAAACGCCACACGCUCGAGCACCUUCGGGCGCACGCGCACUUGCGGCCGCGCUCCAACAUUCACGGGGCAGCGAUGCGCGUGCGCCACGCGCUGGCGUUCGCCACGCACGAGUUUUUCAACCAGCGCGGCUUUUUGUACGUCCAUACGCCGAUCAUCACCGAGUCGGACUGCGAAGGCGCCGGUGAGAUGUUUAGCGUGACGACGCUGCUGAGUCAGCACCCAGACGGGCAGCUGCCGGUCACGAAGGACAAGACGAUUGACUACGGCAAGGACUUUUUCGACCGGCCGGCGUACCUCAGUGUGUCGGGUCAAUUGAACGUCGAGACGCACAGCUGCGCGCUCUCGGACGUGUACACGUUUGGCCCGACGUUCCGUGCCGAGAACUCGAACACGUCUCGUCACUUGGCCGAGUUUUGGAUGAUUGAGCCCGAGAUUGCGUUCGCCGACUUGCAAGACGACAUGGACUUGGCGGAAGACUACCUCAAACACUGCGUGCAGUACGCACUGGACCAUUGCGCCGAAGACCUCGCGUUUUUUAACAAGAACGUUGAGAAGGGGCUGCUGGAGCGACUGACGGCGACGGUCGAGUCGCCGUUUGUGCGCAUCUCGUACACGGACGCCGUGGAGCUGCUUCUGAAGCCCGAGCACUUGGAAAAGGGCAAGUUCUCGGUCAAACCUGUCUGGGGAACUGAUUUUGGCUCGGAGCACGAACGCUACUUGACGGAAGUCGUGUACAAGAAGCCCGUGGUGAUUUAUGACUACCCGAAAGAGUUCAAGAGCUUUUACAUGCGUCUGAACGACGAUGGCAAGACGGUUGCUGCCGCGGACGUGCUGGUGCCCAAUGUCGGCGAGAUCAUUGGUGGGUCGGCCCGUGAAGAGCGUCUGGACGUGCUGGAGGCUCGCAUGCGCGAGUCGGGUGCCAACCCGGAAGACUACAAGUGGUACUUGGACCUGCGCAAGUACGGCUCGGUCCCGCACGCUGGUUUCGGUCUCGGCUUCGAGCGUCUCAUUCGUUACGUGACUGGCAUUGAGAACAUCCGUGACGUGAUUCCGUUUCCACGAUGGCCGGGCAAUGCCUCUUUCUGA